AUGAGCACUCCACGCACCCCAUCGCCGUCGCUAUCCCAGCAUCCCUCCGCGCAGCCAAGCGACGACGACGCGAAAACGGUCACCUCAGAGCCCGAUGCAACAUACGACGUCUUGCAGGAAAGACUGCACAACUGGCUCAACAUACCGUCGUCGCUCAGCGAUACAGAGACCAACCAGCUCGUCAACAACAUAACCUUCCUCAUCCGCCACUGGCAGCGCCUGCACGCCUCCGCGCCAACAGCCGGGUUCAACAUCGCAGGCAUCCCCGACUCGGAAGUCUGCGUCGUGCUCGGCGGCGAGGAAGGGCGCUACAGGAUGUCUGUUUACGUGGGAGAGCACCAGGUGCUAGUUGGCAAAUUGGUGUUUGAUAGGGUGCGCGCGAUGGCUGGGCUAAGCGAAAGGGUUGAGCAGAUGGUAAUGUGGUGUAUGAAGGGGCCCAUUGUGGGGAUUGAGGAGAAGGUUGAGAUCGCGGUGGCGGUGGCGAGAGGGAAGACGAUUGUGGGUGGAGAGAACGGGGGAUCGGACACGCCGGAGCCGCGGGGGUCGUUGGCAUCUAAGGAUGAAAGGCUGGAUAAGAAGAGCUGA